GCACGGUGAGGGCAGGGGAAGGCAAAGAGCCGCCACCUCCUCCGCCCACCGGAGCGGGGGGACGGGGCUUAGCGGGGCGGAACCGCGGCGCGAAGGCGGGGACCGGGGUCCCGGCGCGCUCCUUACCGGAGAUGACACCAGUUACUCGACUAGAAGUUCUUGGCCUUUACCGCAAGAUAUUCCGAAUAGCCAAAAAAUGGCAAUCGGCAUCAGGACAGAUAGAAGAAACUAUUAAAGAGAAAGAGUACAUUAAAAGCGAAGCCAAAACAUUAUUCCGAAAAAACAAAAAUGUAACGGAUCCAAAGUUGAUUAAGCAGUGUAUAGAAGAAUGUGAGGCAAGAAUAGAAAUUGGACUUCACUAUAACAUCCCCUACCCAAGACCUAUCCAUCUGCCUCCUAUGGGUCUUGCCCAUAAACAAGGCCGAACAUUGCGUCACCAAGAAAAGUUAAGGAAGAUUUCUAAACCAAUAUACCUGAAAUCCCAUGAUGAAGUUUCAUAACCCAUCAUUUAAGCUGUGAUGGGUAGUCACAUCAUUUAAGCUGUGGACUGUAAUCCAGGUGAUCUGUGUGCACAACUGUGAAUGAAGCUGUUUUGGUCACUUGCUCACAAAUUUCCUGAGGCCAAAAAGCUAAGUGAUACAUUGCAUAUGAUGGAUAAGGUCGUCUAAUGCUUAUUACAUUUCAACCACUGACUCAUCAAUAAAAGUAACACUUUUCAAGGA